AUGGCGACACCCUCCGCAAAACCUGGCGCAACGCCAACUCAUCUCUCCUCUCCCCAUCCAGCCUCCGCUCCUCUCUCUCGAUCUCUCGCCCAUAAAUCGCCUUCAAUGAGAACACCGACAGGCUCAGGACCUGCCCAUGCGCAUCACACGAGUGUCUCGUCCCACCAAUAUGCUACCCCUCUCGCCGUCCCUAGUGGGGUUGACGACACUGUCAAUUUCAGCUCACCUUCGGCUCUCUUGGCGCUUGGUGGAUAUACCGGCAUCAGUCCUUCUCCUGCAGUACAUGAUGGUCUUGUUAGUGCGGGCAUGAACGAGAGCGACAUUCAAAACCUCGGGAUGCAGGGAAUUAAGCUUGGAGUCGCGCGCGACAAUGACGAAGAGCAGAGACAUCGCGUCGAGGAGGUCGUUCAGCUUCUGCGGGCCCGAGUCUCUGGUAGAGGAGUUUCACGCGAAAGCGUGGAGCGGCUAAGUCGACUCGAAGAUUUCGAGUCCAUUUGGCAGGAUGAUAAUCUCAACAUUGCCGGUAACUUCGUCGAUCUUGAGAUCGAUUUUUACCCUGGCCAGGAUGUCGUCAAAGACGUCAGUCUACGAUAUGCCACGCCUGAAUACACGGAAGGUGUGCGACGCGAGGAAGCGACAGCGGUCUUGAAACGUACCCUCGCCCAGUCCCCGGAAGACGCCGAAUGCGGGAAAUGGAGAUCACUUCAAAAGUUCCAUGAAAAUCUACAAUGGCUUGCAAAACUUGACAAACUCAGCCAGGAGGUGAACUGCUUUGAAGCCCUGGAGAAUCUCGAAGAGAACUUCAGGCGGAUCUGGGUCGAAGAAAGCAAGAAUGGGAAGCACGGCGGCGAGUAUCAACAUCUUUGCGCAGGUGUCCUCGGACGUCCCACCAUGCAUAAGGGGACUCGAAUCGGGCUCGGGUUGGAAUAUUGGGUUGAACAAGCCAAAGUCCUGGAUGCGAAGCGGAGUCUACCAUCUCCGGAUGCUAUGGAGAUUGACCCGCAACAUGAUCAAAGCUCAAAGGGCGAGUUGGACGAUCAAGGCAGAUCAUGGACUGUCAUGAUUGAAUGCGAGGAGGGGUAUCCGUCACUGCGCAUUUCAAAGGAAUGGGUUGGGAGUGAAGUUUUUACUGCGGGUGAAAGCACUGAAUUGCUUCCAUCAAAUGGUGCCGCUGGCUCUGUGAACUGGCUUGAUCCUCCGCAGACCACACGGUUGACCCAUGGCAACCAUGACCCCAUGGCGUUGGACUCUAGUAUGCUGGAAUCAUCGCCACCCAACCGCCGGUUCGUCGGCAAACUUGAGCCCGCACUCGACGUUCCCAUUCUUGCAGCCUCUGAGAUUUAUCGUCAGCUCGGUAUGCAGCUACCACAAGAGUUUAAGAUGAUCACCUACGAUGCAUUGUUGGUAUCGGAAUCUUCACCGUUGACGUCACCGGUUUCAUCCCCUCAAAUUGGUCGUAGAAAGCGCCGGAUGUCAGUGCAUGCUGUUGACUCAAAGGGCGAACAAUAUACGAAACAACAUAAUUACACUUUCCAAUCCUUUGAGUCCAUUACUGGUUGCACCAUCCGUGACCUACCCUUCUCGCACCCCCGACAGCUCGCAGAUAUCCUUCCGAUCCUCCGGCAGUAUGCCGUGUUGGCCAAUUUGAUUCGGAAGACGUUCCAUCUUCCUUCCAACCAGGCCAACGCAACUGAGUCGUCAAAUGCAACCCCCAAAAAUACCCGCGCUGCUCCUAUCCAAACCCCAGACCUCUUCGCCGGCCACGACGGGCCCCUAAUUCUGAACAACGAUGAUCCUAACGAGGAGAGACUGAAUCUGCUGCUUGGCCUGAGUAACUCGGAUGAUAGCAAGAAUAACUCCGGAGUUGAAAGUUCAACUCCCUCCAGUGGAGGAAAGAGUUCCAAUAAACUGUCCGUGGACGACGUCAAAGUCGACGUGACAUUGCGUAUUCAACUCGGUCAAGCUCCUGCUCUCAUGUUACUCAUCACAGACCAGAGGAACCACAACGAGACUCCCGAAGCCGCCCGAUCCAUUCAAACCUCCAGACAAAUCGCAAUUUGUUUUGAAGUCGGGCUGAACGGCCAUAUCUCAGUUGUGGAUACUGCUGGAUUGGUGGACGGGGAAACGGGCGGUGACACUGAAAUGCAGGGCAUGGAUAACCAUGAUUCAGGGCUCCAGGAUGUACAAAAGAAGAUUGCCAGAGUGCUCGAGGUCUCGCAAGACUUGAGCAUCUUGGUUGAGUGGGUACUACGUUGGAUGCAACAGCGGGCUGGCAAUGGGUGA